AGGGGCAAUUUCCGUUCUUUGUUCUGUUCUCGGUUGUGUAGGUCUGUGACAGGGUCCAACAGGACCUGUUUCGUGUCCGGCCCCCUAAGUCUUACGUCCCUGUCCCCAGGUCCUUCAAAACGUGCCUCCUGCUGAGCCUACAGCUAGCAGACCAGUGACUAGAGCAUUUCCCCAGCCCAUGGAAACCCAGGCAGACCAUGCGUCUCAGGAACCUCUGCCCCUGUUAGAGAGCGCUCUUUCUUCUUCAAAAGUCCCUUCCUUUCCUGACAAGGACAGUCUGGGGGACGAGAUGCUGGCUGCUGCACUUCUAAAGGCCAAGUCCCAGGAGUUGGUGACAUUUGAGGAUGUAGCUCUGUACUACAUCUGGAAAGAGUGGAAGCGUUUGGAGCCUGCACAGAGGGACCUCUACAGGGGUGUGAUGCUGGAGAAUUAUGGGAACGUGUUCUCACUGGAUGGUGAUUGCAAAGCUGGAACUGAUCAAGUAAUCUCUGAAGGUAUGGCGUCAUGUGAGAUGAUACUGGGGCCAUUCCAAAAGGAUGUUUCUCAGGGUCUUAAGUUUGAAGAAGCCUAUGAACAAGAAGUCAGUCUGCAAAGGCAGCUAGGGAAUUCCUCUGUUGGAAGACUGAAUGGGAAAAUCCAAGAGUUUCGCCAAGUGAGAGUUGAAGAAAAGCUCACCCAUAUGGGAGGAAGAAAUGAGAAGUACAGUGAGUUUGGGAACAGCUUCACUGUGAAUUCCAAACUUACUUCCCAUCAAAGACUUCCCAUGGGAGACAGACCGCAUAAGUGUGAUGAAUGUAGCAAGAGUUUUAAUCGAACUUCAGACCUCAUUCAGCAUCAGAGAAUUCACACUGGAGAAAAACCAUAUGAAUGUGGUGAGUGUGGAAAGGCCUUCAGCCAGAGCGCACAUCUUAUUCAGCACCAGAGGAUCCACACUGGAGAGAAGCCUUAUGAAUGUAAGGAUUGUGGGAAGAGCUUCAGUUGUAGCUCUGCCCUCAUUCUCCAUCAGAGGAUCCACACCGGCGAGAAGCCCUACGAGUGUAGCGAGUGUGGGAAAGCCUUCAGCUGGAGUUCAACCCUUACUCACCAUCAGAGGACCCACACCGGCGAGAAGCCCUACGCCUGCAAUGACUGUGGGAAGGCCUUUAGCAGGAGCUCCACCCUCAUUCACCAUCAGAGGACCCACACUGGGGAGAAGCCCUACGAGUGUAGCGAGUGUGGGAAAGCCUUCAGCCAGAGCUCACACCUCUAUCAGCACCAGAGAAUCCACACUGGAGAGAAGCCCUAUGAAUGUAUGGAAUGUGGAGGGAAGUUUACCUACAGUUCUGGCCUUAUUCAGCAUCAGAGAAUCCACACAGGGGAGAAUCCCUAUGAAUGUAGCGAGUGUGGGAAAGCCUUCAGGUAUAGCUCAGCGCUUGUUCGCCAUCAGAGGAUUCACACUGGAGAGAAGCCUUUGAAUGUAAUGGGUGUAAAGCAAAAAUUCUCUCAGAGUCUCUGCUGAAUUAAACACCAGAGAAUCCACAUGAGAGAGCCAUGAACCACUUUCCUCACAGCCUGGGUCUAGAGUUCUUGCCUUACCUGUUUUAAUAGGACCAAUUUAGGGUCUGUCCCACCUCAAACAAUUCACUUAAGGUGGAGCUGACUGAAAAAGCAUCCUGGAAAUCAGCAGGAUUUCCCAGAAGUGGAUACCAGUCUUAAAAAAAAAAAUGUGAGGCAAGUAGUAAAUUAAGCACUGGGAACAGAAGGAAGCUCGGCGACUGGUUACCCCCUUUUGGGAAGGGGUUUGCACUAAACCAGUUUUCUCAUACCAGAAGAGCCUUUCUUUCCUAGGUAGGGAUGGAUGCUUAUUUGCAACAAAAUUCCAAUGAUUUCACUAGCUGGAGUCAGCCUGGUGAGCACAGAGGCAGAGGGAAGAAUAUUCUGAGACAUCAUAUGCUCUGAGAAGAGAAGCAGAGGCUGCAUUUCUCUUCCUUUUCUUUUUUGUAUGUGAGACAGACUCUCACUGUAGCAGCCCUGGCUGUUCUUGAAUUCACUAUGUAGACCAGACUGGCUUUGAACUCAGAGAGACCUGCUUGCCUCUGCCUUUUGAGUGCUGGGAUUAAAAGCGUGAAAAGCGCAAACAACUAUUCUGAGCCCCCAGGGGCUGUAUUUCAAAAGCACUCUUCCUAAUCCAGCGUUAAUACUGGACAAGGAAUAUGCUGCUUUGGUAAAUGAUUCCAUGAAUUCAGGAAAAUUGGUGCUGAUGGGCUUAUUUUAUUGGGGGGAAACAAAAAAAAAAAGACCCCAUCAAAAGGGUUUCUGUAAUGACUAUCCUUUAGGCUCUUGGAACCUUGUAGGAUGUUCUGAAGAGCAGUCAGGCAGUGCUGUAGCAGACCACGUAUCUUCCCUGUGACAUCACUGACAGGGAAUCUCAUAGGAGCAGUAAAGAACCUGAGGUAGAUCAGAAGCAUUUAGACUGGCCUGACUCCUGUCCUUUUUUAAACUUCCUAUUCCUGUGGUGAAAAGUAAUUUAAUGUCAACCUCUAGUUACUAGAUGCUCUCAGGGAACUCACCUCCCCCGCUUGUCCUGCCCUCUCACAUAUAACAUCUGGCCUCAGUAUCUGGACCUCUCUGUAUUCCACCUCUGACUUCAGCUACUUCAAAGUACACAAACAGUAAAGUCAGAGAGGGACUGAGGUUUGAGCUUUGCAGCAGGGCUUCUCCUGGGUUUGGGUGGUGCUCCCUGAGUGUUCCCAACCCAACGGAUGGCUUUCCAUAUUUCCCCAUCCCUGCCCAUCCUGUAGCAUAAAUGAAAUGCACUACUGAACAGAAUAGUUUUCAGAAGGGAGUGUUUUUGUAUGGGAGUCACACUUGUGUCAGUUAAAACAGCACAGUGACUGUAAAUGGAAUCCUAAAGUGAACUUUGAAACUUCUCUUUGAUAAACUUUUUUUUUUGUCACAAACUUGUCACACACAGCUCUCUCAAUCUCUUGUAGACACUGUUGCAGACUAUAUAAAUAUAUGUAGCCAUCUUUAUACCAAAUUCAGGGCCUAGCUGUAGAUUAUCCUGUGUCACGGUGUAAUGUCUAAGAAUGAUGCCGAAAACUAAAACGGUAUCCUUGGC